AUGCAGGCGGUGUCUUUGCCAGAGAUCUCGAGUGCAAGUCAGAUGCGAAAUGGCGAAAUUCGAGCGAAGAAUGAAAUGACGGAUGGCGAGCGAGCACGUCAACGUUCCGAAAACACGUUCGGCUGUCACAAAGCGCCAAAAAUUGAAAUACGCGCUAGUGGUUCGAAUACGAAUUCUGUAGGGCCAAUACAAAAUGCCUAUCAGGACAUCACAGACCCUGCGUCUUGCCCCCGCUAUCCUGGGCGGCGACGAAGCGAGGAGAGAAGCUUCGACGAGGCUCUCACUAUUGUGCUUUGCGUGCCUUGUCCGUGCGAGCCAGCCUUGACUCGACAGAGGCUGUGGCCAUCGUCGUUCCUUUGGGGAUCAGGGACAUGGAGCGGACUUGCCCCGCCUGCGACCCUAGUCUUCGAUCAGAGUACAGAAGGUCGCACGCUUUCCCUUGAGAUACCUGAGAAGUUAAGCUUCGUGCGUAUAUACACGAGCCUGGAGCAAGCUAGACAAGCUACACGCAGAAUGGCUCCUACCGCUACGACCGCUGCCGGCGACAAUGUCGCACCCACCGCUAGCAAGGGCUCAUCGCGCAUCCAGCCUGACCCUGAAGUGGUCCAAUACCCCAAGUUCGACAAAGACCCCGUCACUCCGGAAGAGGUCUUUGCUCGUGCCGAACAGGUCUCGCAAUUGCUGCACGAAGACGAAGCCAUCCGUGACCGUGGUAACGUUGUCCCCUACCGACAGGUUCAGCUGCUGAAAGAUGCCGGUCUCGUCACCAUCCUCGGUCCCAAGUCUGCCGGAGGCGCAGGCUUGACCUGGAAGGAGGCCUACCAGGUGAUCCGCAUCAUUGCUCGUGGCGACGGCUCGCUCGGACAAUUGAUCGGUUACCACUACCUCUGGUCUUGGACCGCUGCCCUCGUCGGAACCGAUGAGCAGAGGACUAAGUACGAGGAAUGGAUCACCAAGAACAAGUACUUUGUCGGUGGAGCUGUCAACCCUCGAGAUGCCGAUCUCAAGGCACGAGAGGAUGAAAACGAUCCCUCCAAGCUCAUCUACAAUGGCAAGAAGACUUUCUCGACCGGAAGCAAGAUCAGCGACGUCACCAUUCUCGAAGGCUCUCUUCCUGAUGGAUCGCACGUUUUCGCUCCUGUGCUGAGCCGUCAGCCGGGCAUCGUGUACGGCGACGAAUGGGUCGACACGCUCGGUAUGCGUGGUACCCAAUCUGGCGGCAUCUCGAUCACGAACGUCGUCGUUCCCUGGUCCGAAGCCCUCGGAUACGUCAACAAGCAGUUCCAACCAUUGGGAGCGUACAACACGCUCAACUUGCCCCAGAUCCAGCUUGUCUUUACCUCGUUCUACCUCGGUAUCGCCGAAGGAGCACUGGCUCGCGCUGCUGCCUACACCAAAGCCACCACUCGUGGAUGGCCUUACCAGCCUACGCCUGUCGCCCGCGGCACCGACGAGUCCUACAUCCAGAUCGGCUACGGAGACCUCCAGGCCAAGCUCUGGGCCACUGCUUCCUUCAUCGACACCAUCAUCGACGAGGCAUCGGCCAUCCUGCACACCAAUCCUCGCCAGAGCAUCACGGAAGAGCAGCGUGCCAAGUUCGCAGUUCGCGUGGCUGCUGCCAAGAUCAACGCCGCCGAUGUGGGUCUGGCCAUCACCAGUCAGAUUUACGAGUUGACCGGUGCUCGUGCCGUGGCCGGGAAGUACGGCUUCGACGUGGCAUUCAGGGAUCUCAGGACGCACACUCUGCACGACCCCAUUGCUCACAAGAGGGCCGAGGUCGGCAGAUUCGCCCUUCACGGUCCUGGAAAGGACGGAUGGCCCACCCCUACUUGGUACACCUGA